AUGGCCGAGCUUAAUUUGGCGGCGGCCUUUAUCCCGUCCCUCCACAAACCGGCUGCGUUGCUCCCCAUCGCGAAGCACAGAGAAAGCCUUUUGUAUCUCGUUGAGACGUAUCCGGUGGUCAUCGUUGUUGGCCAGACAGGCUCUGGAAAGACGACGCAAAUACCGCAGUUCUUGGAACAGGCUGGGUGGUGUGCGGAUGGCAAAGUUAUUGCUAUAACCCAGCCACGCCGGAUAGCAGCAACCACCGUUGCUGUGCGGGUUGCAGAAGAAUAUGGCUGUGAUAUAGGCAAAGAGGUGGGCUACUCCAUCCGCUUCGAGGAUGUCACGUCUUCCAUGACACGCAUCAAGUUCAUGACCGAUGGACUGUUGAUUCGCGAAGCCCUUGUGGACCCUCUGCUCUCUAGAUACUCUGUGAUCAUGGUGGAUGAGGCCCACGAGCGCUCCAUCAGUACGGACAUCUUGCUGGGGUUGCUAAGAAAGAUUCGCCGGCGGCGCCCAGAGCUACGCAUCAUCGUCAGCAGCGCUACACUGCAAGCGGAGGAUUUCCUGGCGUAUUUCUCCGCCCACGAGGAGACCGACGGCGGCGACAAGCCUGCCAAACCAAAGAGCGGCAAUGCAACCACCAUAGAUGCGCCUACCCGAGCAGGUGAAGAGGACGAGGAAGACGAAAACGAAGACGACAACAAGCGCCAUGAGACAACUGGUGCCAUUAUUAGCCUCGAAGGUCGCACGUACCCCAUCGAUAUUCUGUAUGUCGAUAAGCCAGUCGAGGACUACGUGGAGAAGGCUAUUGGCGCUGUGCUACAGAUACACGAGGAAGAGCCUGACGGCGACAUCCUCGUCUUUCUGACCGGCCGUGAGGAGAUUGAGCGGGCCGUACAAGCUGUCGCAGAGGCAGUUUCGACACAAGACGCACUGUCGGCGAAACGUGCAUUGCUACCAUUGCCCAUGUAUGCGGGGCUUACGGCGGAUGAGCAAAUGUACGUGUUUGACGAAGCACCCGAGGACACGCGCAAGGUCAUCUUUGCCACAAACAUUGCCGAAGCGUCGGUGACAAUCAGCGGUGUUGUCUAUGUGGUGGACAGCGGGUUUGUCAAGCAGCGCGCCUACGACCCCAUCACUGGCAUCGAAACGCUCACGACGACACCCGUCUCCAAGGCCGCAGCGGCACAACGUGCGGGGCGUGGCGGCCGCACAAAACCCGGCAAAUGCUUCCGCCUGUACACAGAAGACUCGUAUCUGGCCCUGCCGGACGCCAACGUGCCUGAAAUCCAGCGGUCGAAUUUGGCCCCGGUUGUGCUGCAGCUCAAGGCGCUGGGCAUCGACAAUGUCCUGCGGUUUCCCUACUUUACGCCGCCACCGACCGAACUGAUGACCAAGGCACUGGAGUUGUUGUACUCAUUGGGCGCGCUGGAUGACUAUGCCAAGCUGACCAAGCCUCUCGGCCUGCGCAUGGCGGAGCUGGCCGUCGAGCCGAUGAUGGCCAAAACGUUGCUGGCCGCGCCGCAGUUUGGUUGUCUUGGCGAGAUGCUGACGAUUGCUGCGAUGACAAGCCGCGAAGGCAACAGCAGCGUGUGGAUCGACAGCCAGGACGGCGGCCGGAGCAAGGAAGAGAGGCAGCUGGUCGAGCUGGUCCGGCGCCGGUUUGCGGCCGAUGAGGGUGACCACGUGACGCUUCUCAACGUAUUCCAGGCGUUUGUGACCAAGGGCAACGGCGAGGCGAAGUUUUGCAAGGAGAACCGGCUGAAUUUCCAGAUGCUGAAGAGAGCCGUCAGUGUGCGAGCACAGCUGAGACGGUUUAUGGAGCGAUUUGGAUUCGAGAUCCCGGACGUCCGGCAACCACAGUCGCAACAACCGCAUCCGAGUGCAGCCAACAAGGCGGAGCAGAUUCGGCGAUGCCUUACGACGGGCUACUUUGCACAUGCAGCUAGGAUGCAGGCGGACGGCACAUUCCGAAAUGUAGCCGGCGGCACAGUGCUGCACGCACACCCGAGCUCACUUCUCUUCAAUCGCAAAGCGGACUGGGUCCUCUUUCACGAGGUGAUGGAGACUGGGGACAAGACAUACAUCAGAGACAUCACCAAGAUUGAAAAGAAUUGGCUGCUCGAAUACGCCCCCGACUUCUACCAGACAACAGAGCAGAGAUGA